AUGACUCCCAUUUUUGAAUCAGAAGUGUUUGAUGUAUGGGGCAUAGAUUUCAUGGGACCUUUUGUGAGUUUGGGUGUCAUGAAAUGCAUACCUGUGGUUGUUAACUAUGUUUUUAAGUGGGUAGAAGCAAUUACGCUUCCCAAAAAUGAAGUAAAGAGUAUCACGACAUUUUUGAGAAAGAAUAUCUUUUCACAAUUUGGUAUGUCGUGUGCUAUUAUUAGUGACGAAGGGUCACAUUUUUGCAAUUAUCUAUUCAAGAGUCUGCUUGACAAAUAUGGAGUGAAUCAUAAGGUGGAAACCCCUUAUCAUCCGCAGACUAGUGGACUAGUCAAAGUAUCCAUCAUAGAAAUCAAGUCCAUAUUGGCAAAGACUGUUAAUGACAAUAGUACUGAUUGGGCAAAGAAGUUAGAUUAUUCAUUAUGGGAUUACUGUACAGCUUACAAAACCCCCAUAGGUUCUUUACCUUAUCAUCUUGUGUAUAGAAAGGCUUGCCAUUUACCAAUUGAGCUUGAACAUAAGGUGUUUUGGGCAUUGAAGAAUCCGAAUUUAGAGUGGAAGGAUACAAGAAAAGUGCCUCUAAAGAAUGCGUCUUCUUUUAAAACUAUGGCAAAGGAAGGAAAUAAACAAAAGCCAAUAGAAAGUGAAGAAACCAGUGCAUCCAUAAGCUGGACUAAAAGUAGUGGAGAGGAGUAUACUGGGACAUCUUCCAAGAAAUAUUCACAAAAAGCAAAGGCAAUAGCUAAAGCUAAGGGGAAGAAAGUCAUUCCCCAAGAUUCUGAUACUCCACCAUCGAAAGGACCAAGAGGAAAGAAUGCGACUAUCUCCCCUCCAUAUACACCAGUACUAAGUGACGAUGAUAAUGAUGAGACUGAGUUUAGUUCAGCCGAAGAGACUGCAGAAGAGAGCCAUGGUUGCAAGGUGGAUGUACCACUGAUAGAAAGAUAG